AUGAUAGCUCAAUUCGCAGGAAAAGAUCACAGAACUUGGGACGAGAACUGGCCAGAGAUUAUGCUAGCAGUGAACUCAAGCAUAUCUGAAUCAACUGGAUACUCCCCAGCGUUUCUCACACAGGGCCGGGAACCCCGUCUGCCAAACGCAUUAUAUGACAAAGAAACGUUAGGCUCUGGGAGAAACACAGAGACACCAGAUGAGAAGGCCGCCAAAUUGAAAGAAAUCUUCGAAAUAGUAAGGCGGAACAUGGAAAAAGCAUCCCAGGACCAAGCCAGAUACUACAAUCUGAGGAGGAGGCAGUGGACGCCGGAGGUGGGCAGCAUAGUAUGGGCAAAAGAACACCACCUAUCCAAAGCAGCCGAGGGUUUCGCAGCGAAAUUAGCCCCGAGGUACGAUGGUCCUUACCAGGUUGUAGAUUUCGUCUCGCCGGUAAUCUGCAAAAUACGCCACACACAUUCGAAGAAAGAGCGGACUAUUCACAUUAGCGAGCUUAAGCAGCAACAAGCAGAAACGGCACAAGAGCAGACGGCGGACACACCGGAGGACUAG